UUACGAAAGUUGACUGAUCCUCGUUUAAGUUUAUCAAGUCAAGUCAUGUAGAUUUUCUGUCAAUAUUUGUAUGUUACUUGUUGUCUGAUAAAGAACCUGCCGUUUCUAUUUCACCUACUGUUCAAAUACAAAACCUGUAAUCUGAGAAGAAAAUAUAAUUAAAAACGUAGAGUUUUGGAUGCAUGGAAGGAUGAAACCCAAGUCUGUAGUGCCAGGAAUAGAAAAAGUCCCGAACAUUUGGACAUUAAGCUACAGUGUUAGGCCUGAUUUAGAAGAUCUGUCCUCUGAGAAGAUAACGAGCAACAGGUUCCCCGGCUAUCUCCACAACGCUACUUAUAUUUAUCCACAUCGGCCAGCUGAACUUGUCUUUCGAGAUGUUUGCGUCUCCUAUGAUGAGAAGCAGAUUCUUCAAGACGUUAGCGGAAUGGUACGACCAGGGGAGGUGCUUGGGGUCAUGGGUCCAAGCGGUUCAGGUAAGACGACCUUACUCAACGCUCUAAGUGGCAGGUUGAAGACAGACUCGGGUCUCAUUACCUUGAACGGAGAAACCCUCACAAAAAAGCUACGGAGAAAAAUCUGUUAUGUGACACAGCAAGAUAUCUUCUUCCCAAAUCUCACCUUGCGCCAAACACUCACAUAUUCUGCGUUGUUGAGAUUACCAGACAAUAUGUCCUAUCACGAAAAGAUAGAACACGUGGACCACAUCCUAGACGUGUUGGACCUAAGCCAUUGUCAGAACACUGUUAUAGGAGACGUGAUGAAGCGAGGUCUGUCUGGAGGGGAGAAGAAAAGAGCCAACAUCGCCAGUGAGCUGUUGACAAACCCAUCAAUUAUAUUUCUUGACGAGCCAACAUCAGGUUUAGAUUCUAGCACUGCUUUUUCUCUUAUGUCUAUGUUAAAGGACUACGCUGAGAAAGAGAACAAAACCGUGAUAAUUACAGUUCACCAACCUUCUAGUCAAAUAUUCUACAUGUUUGGUCGUCUACUUCUGCUUUGCAACGGACAGUUGGCCUAUUUUGGUGAGACCAGCCAGGUGGUGAACUUCUUCUGUGAAAUAGGGCUCCAAAUAUCACCUCAUUAUAAUCCCGCUGACUUCAUUAUGGAGCAACUUAAGAAAGGCCCUCAACUUCAAGAACAAAUUAUCACAGCUGCUCGAAAAGUCAGGAGUAACCUAGACUUUCCCGAAGAGUUUUCAGAAUUACUGCAUCUUCCUGAAGACGAGGACGAAGCUGCUAAUUUUCACAGCUUAAAUAUAAAAGCAUUUGAGUAUUCAAACUACAAUAAGAAAAUCUGGAAUACGUUUCAGCACUGUGAAUUAGAGAAUCCUGAACCAGAGAACAUCGAUCCAUCUCUACGCCGUAUCUCAGAACAGCCCUUAUGGAACAUCUCACCUUUAUCUAAGUACGCCGACGUUAGACCUGUGGAAUUAAGAAUUUUGAUAGAUCAGCACAAGAAGCUGCGAACCUUUUACCACAAAAUAGAUCUAGAAGAUUAUGAUUCAGGGAAAUCAUCAUGGUCUGAAGUUGUUAGCUCAACAUACAGCAGUCAGGAUGAUCUAGAAGAUGAAGAAGAAGUAAAAUGGCCAACAUCGUUUUGGACCCAACUUAAAGUUCUUACACAACGUAACUUUCUCGAAGCCAAAAGUCGCAUGUUAUCUAAACUGAACUGGGUACAGACCUUAGGACUAGGUCUGAUCUGUGGUCUUAUCUGGUUCCAGAUCCAGAGGACAGAGCCAACGCUCUCGGACAUUCGUGGCUGGAUGUUCUUCAGUAUGACGUACUGGAUGCUGUUUGCAUUAUUUGGAGCUUUGAUAUCUUUUCCUCCGGAACAGGUGGUCAUUAACAAGGAAAGGGCUUCAGGAGCGUAUAGAUUAUCAGCCUACUACCUAGCCAAGAUGAUUGGAGAACUGCCACUCACACUUACGUUACCCACUGUCUUUCAUUUUAUAUCCUACCCUAUGUUAGGAAUCUAUAGUUCUCGGACAUUCUUGUUUUUGUGGGGUUUCCUUAUCCUCAACACACUUGUAGCUCAGAGUGUAGGGCUGUUUAUUGGGGCAUCCUGUACUGACCUACAAGUUUCAGUCACUAUCUCGGCUCUCUACUCUCUGUCCACUAUGUUGUUUGGGGGAUACUAUUCUUCUUGUAUCCCCCCUUGGCUUAAAUGGCUUCAGUAUCUCUCCAUUGUUCAUUAUGCUUUCCAGAACAUGCAAAUAGUGGAGUUUACUGGAGGACCCCCAAUACAGUGUGCAACAUCGAAUUCCCAGUUUGAAGUUUGUCGUUCCGGUAGGUCUUCAUUUAUUCCAGUAGAAGAUAUCGCUAAUCCAGGAGGUAACAUGUUCCCUCUGUGGGCCAAUACUUUUAUCCUGGUGACUUUUCUGGCAGUGUUUCGAAUAAUGGGCUAUCUAAUAUUGAGAUUCAUUCAUAAACCAAAGUGAUUUGU